GCAGCUCAGCAUCAGAGGAUCCAUCUACAACCACAAAUGUAAAUUUAGGUCAUGGUCAUUUAUUGAAUGGUAUUUACAAUGGCAAACACAGAGUUUCAUUUUAUCGCCUGAAGACAUGCUUCUUAUCACUAUGUUCAGCAUAUUUCUCUUCUGGUGGGAGAUGACAUGAGGCCGGAAUUUCGUAUUUGCAAGCACACAAACAUUUCUUCACCCACGGCAUUUAUCAGACUCUAGGAUCCCUAUGACUUGCCCUCACGUUCCACCACCAUGGCACAUGCUAUUGAAGUGGAUGACAGUGAGAUGACCAAUGAUGACUUCCCCAGCAGUUCCAGGAGAGACUCCUCAAUUAGGGCUCGGCAUUUAUUUCGAAAGCUGAACCGACCAGGAAAUGGUCACCCUAAAGGGCUGCGAGCCACCUCACCGAUGGGAAGAGUGAUUUUAAUAAACUCUCCCUUAGAAGCCAACAGUGAUGAAAGUGAUGCGAUCCUCGCUAUCACAGUGGAUAAGACUUCUGAUGGAAGAUUGGGCUUCAGCGUUCGAGGCGGUUCAGAACAUGGGCUGGGGAUAUUUGUCAGUAAAGUGGAAGAAGGAAGCAGUGCUGAUCUCGCUGGGCUCUGUGUUGGAGAUAAGAUUGCAGAGGUGAAUGGCAUCAGUUUAGAAAGUAUAACCAUGGGAAGCGCCGUCAAAGUCCUGACCGGGAACAACCGUCUACGUAUGAUGGUGAGACGGAUGGGAAAAGUGCCAGGGAUUAAGUUCUCCAGAGAAAAGACCACAUGGGUAGAUGUUCUGAACAAGAGGCUUAUAGUAGAGAAGGGUAGUUCAACACCAUCGGACAGCAGCUCUGAAGAUGGGAUGAGAAGGAUUGUCCAUCUCUACACGUGCUCCGAUGACAGCUGCUGGGGGUUUAACAUCAGAGGGGGGAAAGAAUUUGGCCUUGGGAUAUUUGUAUCGAAAGUUGAUCCAGGGGGACUAGCUGAAGAAAGAGGCAUAAAAGUUGGAGAUCAAGUUCUUGUAGCCAAUGGAAUUAACUUUGAAGACAUAAGCCAUAGUAAAGCGGUUGAAGUGCUAAAGGGGUUAACUCACAUCAUGCUCACAAUUCGGGAGACGGGGAUGUACCCUGCGUACAAGGAGAUGAUUGCAGAGUAUUGUUGGUUUAAUCGAUUAACCAAUGGCCAAUUGCAGCAACUAUCUCAAGCAUCAGAAACCAGCUCUUCUAUCUCUUCCUAUUCCUCCGGACCUCCUUCAGGGUCUAUUAAUGGAUACCAUCAAGCAAUAAUUUCCAGCCCAGCCAUGUAUGAACAAGGAAUGAUAGAUGUUGGCAUUUCUACUGAAGCUUCACUUGAGACUGGUUACUUGGACCGGACAGAGACUGCCAUACAAACAGAUGCCCACAUGUCUUCCUCAGGGAUCCUGGAUCCAGAAGGAUCUCACAAAAAAGGGAUCGUCGGAAGUGAAAUCAAGAGGACUGUGCAUCCCACUGUUCGCCUUAAAGAUACUGCCAUAAGAUCAGAGAGUUUUCUUGAAUCCCAGUUUAAGAAAAAGCAGAGGAAACAAUCAGGAGAUUUUCCCAGCUCAGAAUCUCCAAAAACAGCCUUGUUAUUAGCACUUAGCAAACCUCGAAAGCCCAUCAAAAGAUCUCAGAGUUAUAUAACUCUGUGGGAAGCCAGAAAGAAAAAGAAGAAAGAGAAGCCCUCCACUCCCGAGCUUUCAGGACUACAACGCUCCAAGACGUUCAUGAAUUUAUUUUUUAAGGGCCAUGGAAAACAAAAUGGAACCAACAGUAAGGAGACCGUGACUCCAGAUUCUAAGAGAAGGAGAAAGUCCUCCUCACAGAGUGAUGGAGACAAAGUUAAUAUUGUUCAGAAAUUUAUGAUCAGAAGCGUAAAGAAGGGUAAGAAUCGGACUCGUCCAUUUUUCUUUGGUGCCCAGCGGGAUCUGAAUGCUCUGUACAAUGGAGAUAUGUCUAUGGAGGAUCGAUUGGCGAUUACCGAAGACAUGGCCCGGAAACUGCUAAAUGAGGAUGAGGUAGCGGCAGUGCUGCGUCAUUGUAAAAGGUAUAUCCAGGAAGGAGGAAUUGAAGACCUGGUUAGGCCAUUGCUUGCAAUUCUGGACCGUCCCGAGAAGCUUCUCCUUUUACGAGAUGUCAGGGGUUUAAUUGCACUCACAGAUCUUGGACGCUUUGACAGUAUGGUUAUCUCUCUGGAGAUGGAAGCUUAUGAUGCCCUCAAGAGCCGAUCAGUUACAUCUCCUGCACUCAGACCAACCAUGUCCAGCACGCUUCCCAAGAAACAUCUUGUUACACCAGUUCCGGAUCACAGAGGAACCUUCCAGCUUAAGCUAGUAGAAGACAUAAGCAAUCGUCAAACACUGAUAGGAGAAAUGGAGAGGUUACAGGUUUCAGAUGCUCCAAAUGUAAAACGUACACAAAAAAACUUUACCCCACUUGAAGAUGUGCCAGUUGAUUCAUGUGAUGCCCAAAAUAUGACUUUAAGUAAGUCUUCCUCUAGGCCCCCAAGGCCAAAUUGGCUUCUUACUGAACCUACAAAGUCCUCUUCUGAUUUAUCUCAAGCGACCUCAUCUCUGCUCAGUGACAAGUCUUUGCCUACGAGGAGUAAAAAAGAUCAAAAAGACCUAAGUGACAACUCAAAAGCAUCAAGAACUACUCGGAGCAGAUCUAGAGAAAGAAAAGAUAAUGCUUAUACUGUGCUCAACAAACCCAAGAAAUCCAGGCCAAUCUUAUCUCAGAUAUUUGGUGGUGUGUCUCUGAGUCCUUCGAAUCUUGACAUCAAGCUGAGGACUGUCAAAUUACCGGUGGAGACCAAUCAUGUAGAAGCAGAUCAGCAGUCCCAUAAUGGCUUCAGUGAACAGAAUGAGGAAGAAUAUGAGCUUGUAACUGUGAUGGUUUCCAAAAUGAAGCAGUCUUUGGGAAUUAGCAUUUCUGGGGGUAUCGAAUCUAAAAUCCAACCAAUGGUUAAAAUAGAGAAGAUCUUUCCUGGAGGAGCAGCUUUUGUCUCUGGUGAACUGCAGGCUGGUUACGAACUGGUGUCAGUUGACGGGGAGACUCUGCAGAAUGUGACUCACCAGCGGGCAGUGAAUGUUAUUCGCCAGUCCUACAGCAACAAGCAAAAGGAGCCCAUGGAGAUAGUUGUUAAAAUUCCAACGAAAACUGAACAAUAACAAUAGGUUACCCCUCAGUUUGUUAUCCGUGCAGUUUCCCUCUGGUACAGUACAGAAACAACAGAGGGAAACCAAUGCCAGAACUGAUCUCAUGGUCUUCUGUCAGAUCAUUCCUGGCAUCUAGUGCAUCAGUUUUAGGGCUCAUGCACACUAAAGUAUUUUCUUUCCGUGUCCGUUCCGUGUUUUUUUUUUGCAGACCGUAUAUGAAACCAUUCAUUUCAAUG